CUGUUUGCCGACGCUGGCUUCGACGUAUGGGCGAUGAAUUCGAGAGAGAUUACGCGGUACUCGAACCACACGACCUUGUCCAAGAACGACCCUCAAUACUGGAAGUUCAGCUUCGAUGAAAUCGGCCGCUUAGACGUUCCCGCUGGAGUCGAUCACGUGCUCAACGCCACCGGUGCGGAUAGGCUGACGCUCGUCAGCUUGUCGCAGGGCGUCGCCACCAUCUUGGUUCUCCUGUCCACGCGACCUGAGUACAACGACAAGAUCAACUUGGUUGUGGCUUACGGCCCCGUUGCCAACGUCUCCCACUUCGGAUCUCCACUCUCCCUUCUGAUUCCCUUCACGCCUCUGAUUGCCACUUUGGCAUACCCUUUUACCAUGGCGGGGUACCUGGAAGCAACCAAGGGUCUAUCAGAAUUCGUCGCAAAAGUGUGCGAGAUCCUCUUCAACGGCGAGGCUUGCUCUCUGGCAAUCACCAUAACUGCGUUCAGCAGCCCGUACCAGCUGAAUGAGACGCGACUACCAGUGUAUAUUGGCCACUACCCGGUUGGAACAACAGUACAGAACUUCAUGCAUUACUACCAGAUGUACAAGGCCAAAGACUUCGUCAUGUACAAUUACGGUGCCAAGGAGAACCAGAGGCGAUACGGCCAGGCAGAAGCUCCAGCCUAUCCAGUGGAACGCAUCACGACACCAUGGGUGAUCUUCUCGUCAGACGGCGAUAGUGUCGCCGACCCACGAGACGUCGAAGACCUUGUUGCCAGACUCGGACCGAGGGUUAUCCAGCAUCGCGUGGUUCCACAAAAGACCUUCGGGCACUUUGACUUUGCAAUCGGAUACAGAGCCAACGACUUCCUGCACAACGCCGCCAUCGAUAUUAUCAAGCAGCAAAUCGACGAGAGCGCAUGAGCGAGUGCAUGUCACGUGCAAGAAAGGAGAGGCACUGGUACGCAUAAAAACGAGUUUAAAUUCGAAA